AUGGCCACAAAUGAGGCGUCGGAGAGCACCCUCCCGACUCCGGACAUCAAACAGCCACUUCCUUUCCCCCUUUCCCCGAUGUCGAAAUUUUCUUGCGACCCUAACGACCCUACAAGCAGUACCUGCACAAAGCUAGAUGGCCAAAUCCAGUCAAGUAGAAAAGGGAUGGCGACCUCUGAGACUUCCCUUCUUGCAUCCUCAGCAAUUUCCCAAUUUCACGUUUCGCGCUCUGGGCUGGGCUUCGACUUUCUUCGACGGACUUUCAGCUUAGCCACGUUUAGGGCCUUCAGGGCACUGGAGCUCUUGCCUGUCAGUUUUCCCCGAGGGGAGUGGGAGAAGGUGCGUGGUGCACCUGCGCGACUCACCAGUCGCAGGCAGCAAGGUCUGGGCGGUGUGGACGAUCUUGUGACUUGCGCGCGCACCGCCGCGACCACUUUUCUGGCCGACACUCCGAUUGUUGCGAUAGCUAAGGCUCGAGGCGGACACCACAAACACCCUUCUUACGAACAGUCUUUGAAAAAUUGCAGGACCCGCGCGAAGUUUUCGUGUCGGCCCAUCUUUUCUGAAUGCAGAGUCUCUGUGCCUUCUGCAGGAGGUGCCGAUCCGGUAUGUGGUAACACGUGCAUCUACUAUGCAUGCAAACAAAGCUUUACAAUCCUUGGCCCGAGUGCCCUGGGCCCUUCGGGACAUGGCUUUAGCAGCGGCGCCACCGUCGCCAGUGAGCUCGAGUAG